CACCGUGACGUCAGGAGGAGGGCAGGGAAUCUGUGGACUGCUGGGCUGUCCAGAAGGGCAGCACGGGCAGUGAGUCAACAAAGCCGCGUCUCAUCAUCUUUUCAGAUUGGCCACGUGGAGGGCGAGGACCUAUAGGCAGCUACCAGGAUGGGUGAAAGGAAAGGCGUAAACAAGUACUACCCUCCAGAUUUCAACCCUGAGAAGCAUGGCUCCCUCAACAGAUACCACAACAGCCACCCGCUUCGGGAGCGGGCUCGGAAGCUGUCCCAGGGCAUCCUCAUCAUCAGGUUUGAGAUGCCCUAUAACAUCUGGUGCGACGGCUGCAAGAACCACAUCGGCAUGGGUGUUCGUUACAACGCAGAGAAGAAGAAGGUUGGCAAUUACUACACGACCCCGAUCUACAGGUUCAGGAUGAAAUGCCACCUCUGUGUCAACUACAUCGAGAUGCAGACGGACCCCGCCAACUGUGACUACGUGAUUGUGAGUGGCGCCCAGCGCAAGGAGGAGCGCUGGGACAUGGAGGACAACGAACAGGUGCUGACCACAGAGCACGAGAAGAAGCAGAAGCUGGAGAUGGACGCCAUGUUCCGCCUGGAGCACGGCGAGGCUGACCGGAGCACACUCAAGAAGGCCCUCCCCACCCUGAGCCACAUCCAGGAGGCCCAGAGCGCCUGGAAGGACGACUUCGCCCUCAACAGCAUGCUUCGGAAGAGGUUCCGGGAAAAGAAAAAAGCCAUGCAGGAGGAGGAGGAGAGGGACCAGGCACUGCAGGCCAAGGCCAGCCUGGCCAUCCCGCUGGUGCCGGAGACAGAGGAUGACCGUAGACUGGCCGCCCUGCUGAAGUUCCACACCCUAGACUCGUACGAGGACAAGCAGAAGCUCAAGCGGACAGAGAUCAUCAGCCGCUCCUGGUUCCCCUCCACCCCGGGAGCCAGCGCCAGCAGCAGCAGUGGCGGCAACAGCAGCAAAGCCAGCAGCGUCCUGAAGAAACUGGCCCAGAACCGCAGAGCCACUCCCACCAGCUCCCCCGUCACCCUGGGGCACCUGGGCAUCGUGCGGCGGCGGUCCCGGGAGGUCCCAGAGAGCCCCCAGCACCCGGCCGAAACCUUCAAGUCUGGGGAGCCACAGGUGCCAGAGGGGGCCAACCAGAACAGGCCUGCGUCCCCCCGAGACUGCUCUCUGGAGACAGCCGAGACCCCUAGGAACAGCGGGCCACUGGGGCAGGAGGAGAGCUGUCAGGACAGGCCCCAGCCCCCUCCAGACACCGCCCCCGAGGCAGCCAACCCCCAGGACACACAGCCCUGCAGCCUCGGCUCCUCACUUGUGGCUGACUAUUCCGGCUCCGAGAGCGAGUGACUCCACGGCCCAGAUUUACUCCCGAGGCCAGGACUCACCCAGAGGCCCAUCCCAGGCUUCAGCCCCGCUGGCCCACCAGCCCUUGGAGAGCUCAGUCCCCACCCUGUGCACACCUCACUUUCUCACAGUGAUAGAGUUGUUAUUUAUUUGGUCCUGGAGAGGGUGUCUGUGCCUUGUGGGACCCAAGACCUCCCAACAUUAAAGCCCUGCUUCUUUGCCCC